ACACAUAUUUGUAUUUAAAAUCUGGGCAAAAUACACAUAUUUCUCUCCAAAGUUAUAAUUUCCGGGGGUACAGGCCAGGAAUGUACAUUUGGAACACGUGCCCCAGUGAUUCUCACGCAUGUUGGUCAAGUAAGAACUCAGCCCGCAGCCCAAAGGUGCGCGACCCGGCCUAGGUCCACCCGCCGCCCGCCCCCGAGCCACCUAAGGCCGCAGCUGACGCGCCUCGCCCUCCGGGGACAACCAGGCCCCGGCCUCUUCCGCAGACUCCGCGCUCCGGGCCGCGGCGCCCCCUCGCGGCCACCGGGGUCGGCAGGCUGGGGCUCAGUUGGUCUAAGGAUUCGAGCGGGGACGCUUCGGGCCCGCACGAGAAGUGACCAGCAUGGUCCCCGCCGGCAGCUCGGGGCCGGAGGGUUUCAGUUCCAGCGCGAGGCCAACCCAAACCCAGGGUUCAAGAGUCAGCACACGCCGCCUGCGCCUGGCUCCCGCAGCGCCGUCCUGGACGUAACCCCGAUAGCGUCAGCGGCGCGCGCGCCCGCGACCGACGUGCGCAGGCGCCCACUGGCUGCGAGCCGCCAUUGCUCUCCUGCCGCUGAAGGGAGAGUUUGUUAGCAGUCGGCGAGCCUGGACGGAAGGCGGAGUGCGACGCCUCAACGACAGCGGCCCGGAGUUGCAGGAGCAACACACUUAGGGCGGGGUGCCCCGUUUAGGCCUGGCUGACCGGAGUAAGAAACUACAACCCCCGAAGUGCAUUGCGCCGCAGGGUUGCGGAGCCAGUGACCAUACACUCUGGAGCCAUGGUCCACGCCUUCCUCGUUCACACCUUGAGGGCCCCAAAUGCUGAGGACACAGGCCUUUGCCGAGUGCUCUACUCCUGUGUCUUUGGUGCUGAGAAAUCACCUGAUGACCCACGGCCACAUGGUGCUGAGAGGGACAGGCUUCUCCGGAAGGAACAGAUUUUAGCCGUGGCCAGGCAGGUGGAGUCAAUGUGCCGGCUGCAGCAGCAGGCGUCUGGCCGGCCCUCCAUGGACCUGCAGCUGCAGUCCUCAGAUGAGCAAGUGUCCCUGGCCGAGGCCCCACGUGGGGCCUUCCGGCUGGCAGCAGGGGACCCUUUUCAGGAGCCACGGACAGUGGUGUGGCUGGGCGUGCUCUCAUUAGGCUUUGCCCUGGUGCUGGACGCCCAUGAGAAUCUGCUGCUGGCUGAGGGCACACUCCGGCUGCUGGCACGCCUCCUCCUUGACCACCUCCGGCUACUGGCGCCCAGCACCAACCUCCUGCUGCGAGCUGACCGCAUCGAGGGCAUCCUCACCCGCUUCCUGCCCCAUGGUCAGCUACUUUUCCUCAACGACCAGUUUGUCCAAGGCCUGGAGAAGGAAUUCAGUGCUGCUUGGCCCCGCUGAUUCCUCAUUGGGAUGGUGCUUCGGAGGGCAGGCAGAAGGUAGACACACAGCCACAUGAAGCUUGGCCUCUAUCUCCUGCCCAGCCUGCUCCCAGCUCUGAUGUGCUGCUGUACCGGGACAAGUGGGGGGCAAGCCUGCAGAAAGGAGGCUGGGCAGAGGGCGGAGGAAGUCCUGUCUGUCCUCAGGUUAGUGGAACCACAGAACAUCCUGAGCCUAGAGCUGCUGUGUAACUUAGACCACUGCAGUGUGGCAGCCAUGCUUGUCCUUGACCCCACCUUCCUCCACCCCCAACAGCCACUAGUGUAGGGUGAGGAGCUACCUGGAACUCAGCCCACCUUCUCCUUUCAAACCCACAGUCAAGGCCAGGUGUGCGUGGUGGCUCAUGCCUGUAAUCCCAGCACUUUUGGAGGCUGAUCACGAGGUCAGGAGUUUGAGACCCGUGAAACCUGGUCUCUACUAAAAAUACAAAAUUUAGCCGGGUGUGUGGUGCACACCUGUGGUCCCAGCUACUUGGCCAACAUAGCGAAACCUCAUCUCUACUAAAAAUACAAAAAUUAGCCGGGUGUGUGGUGCACACCUGUAGUCCCAGCUACUUGGGAGGCUGAGGUAGGAGAAUCAUGUGAACCUGGUAGGCAGUGAGCCGAGAUCAUGCCAUUGCACUCCAGCCUUUGUGACAGUGUAAGACUCCAUCUCAAAAACAAAACAAAAACCCACAGUCAUUGCAACACGAAAGGGGUCUCAGACUCCCCUGAGAGUGGAGGAGCUGUGCCUGCAGGCUGGCAGACCGCAGCGCCUGCCUUGUGCCACUUAGGCAGUAUUAUCGACAAGGUCCUACUCAGUGUCCAGCCCCCACAGAGUUCAGAAACGCAUCUGCUGAUCAGCAGCAGGAUUCUGCAGCUCCUUUUGUGCCAAGCCCAUGCCUACCAGGCAGGCUCGAGAUAAAACCAUCAUGGGCUUCCCUCAUCUGCAGGGAGAGAAGGUGCCAUCAGGGAAAUGUGAGAGGUCUGCACUAAAUAAUGUAUUUCUCAUUUUGAAUUAAAAGCACUGGCUAUGUGAUUUCA